AUGCCAGAACAAACAGCUUCGAAGGUUACAUCUGAAGAAGAUGAAAACAGCAGUAAGAGUAAGUUAUUGCAGGAGACGAAGUUAUUAAGAGAUACAUUAGAUCUCCUUUGGAAUGAAACUUUAGAACAAAGGGCUGUUCGCGAUCAAUUACAACAGGAGAACGAAUACUUGAAGGACUAUAUUAGUAACCUCAUGACAUCAAGUAACGUUCUUGACAAAUAA